AAAACAAAACACAUUUUUCAUGUUGCAGGCAGAUUACAAGGCAAUCCAUCGAUGAUUAAAACUCAAACAUCGGAACAAUAACGUCCGAUAAAAUAGUUGAUAAUCCGUAUAUGUAAAACAAGCAAAAAAAACAAAAGCUACACUAUACGGACGAAUUUCAUAUCAAUCCUAUAACAAAUCGCGAUUAUGGCGGAGUCAAUGUGCACGAUGUUACGUUUGAUUUUGCUCUUGGGAAUUUUAACAAGAGGAAUAAAAUCUGUUGAUCUACCGAAUAAAGAAUGGUGGGAAACAACACUCGUAUAUCAAAUCUGGCCAAGAGGAUUUCAAGAUAGCAAUGGCGAUGGUGAAGGUGAUUUGAAAGGCAUAAUUAAUAAGCUUGAUUAUAUUAAAGAACUCGGAGUUGACACAAUAUGGCUUAAUCCAAUUUAUGAAUCUCCUUUGGUUGACAGUGGAUAUGAUGUUUCUGAUCAUAAAUAUAUAAAUCCUUUAUUUGGAAAUCGUGAAGAUUUUGAUACGUUGGUAAAAAAAGCACAUAACCUAGGAAUAAAGGUUAUUCUAGACAUAAUACCAAAUCAUUCUAGCAUCGAACACCUAUGGUUUCGUUUAUCUGCGAGUAAUCACGAGGAUUACAAUAAUUACUAUAUUUGGUCAGAUGGGAAAGUAGAUGAGGAAGGUAACAGAAUACCACCCAAUAAUUGGGUAAGCACGUAUAAUAAAGAUAAAAAAGGAUCUGCAUGGACUUGGCAUAACAUUAAAAACAAAUGGUAUUAUCAUAAAUUUCAUGAGAAACAACCAGAUCUUAAUUUACGAAAUAAAAGCGUCAUUGAUGAAUUACUGGAUAUUUUCGAAUUCUGGUUAGGAAAAGGUGUCGAUGGUUUUCAUAUAGAUUCAGUACCAUAUUUCUUUGAAGAUGAAGAAUUACGAAAUGAACCGUCUGUGGGGAGUGGUAAUUAUACUUUUGGACUCAAAGAAAGUACCGAGCUUCUUUAUGUAUUUCGUGCCUAUAUCAACAAUUGGGUAGAAAUAAAUAAUGCAUCUUCAAAAUUGUUAAUAGCAGAAUCAUAUGAUUCUGAUUAUAAUCUUAUUGCUUAUUAUGGUAAUGCUACACACGAAGGAAUUGAGCCUACUAAUGUACGCUUCAUCAAUCCUAUUCACAAUAAAACAGAUGCUAGUUAUAUUAAAAAUGUAAUAGACGAAUGGUUUCAACUUCUACCAGAAAAUGAAAGCACUAAUUGGAUGUUAAGUAAUCAUGAUUUCUCGAGAGUACCAACAAGGAUUGGAUUAAAUCGAGUCGAUGGACUUCAUAUGCUUAGUUUACUUCUGCCUGGACAAGCAUAUACAUAUUAUGGCGAAGAAAUAGCAAUGUUAGAUUCCAGAAUUUCGUGGGAUAGAACGAUUGAUCCAAUGGGUUGCGGUCAAACAUCAGACACAUAUGAAAAUUUUUCCCGAGAUCCAGCGAGAACACCCAUGCAAUGGAAUAACAAAUUAUCUGCUGGUUUCUCUACAAAUAUAACUACAUACCUUCCUGUGCAUCCUGAGUAUGCCAUUAGAAAUGUGGAAUAUCAAAAAGCGCAAAAACACAGCAACUUAAAUACCUAUAAAAAAUUAGCUAAACUUAGAAAAGAACCAGUUUUUACUCACGGAGAUUAUGAACUUAAAUCAACUAAUAACAACAACGUACUUAUUUUAAAACGAUCGUUGCAAGAUCAUCCUAUAUAUAUAAUUAUUGUGAACCUGUGGAUUCAUCGAGAACAAAUAAAUCUGACAUCUUUAUAUCCAGAUAUAAAUGACAAUUUAGAAAUUAUAGUAUAUUCGAGCAACGCCAUAUAUACUACAAAUACUGUAUCAAAAAGCAAUUUUAUGCUUACGGCAAAUGCUGCUUUAGUAUUAAGAGGAAAAGCCAAUUCUAAAAGUACAACUUCACCUCCUACUUCCACUGUACCUACUAUAUCUACUAAAAGUACAACAGACAAUACAGCUUCCAGUUCUACAGAUACAACUAUAUCGAGUAUUAAACCCAGCGAUAAAACAACAUCUUCUACGACUAAUAAAUCAGAAACGCCACAGACGGAUAGUACAGAAAGCACGACUAAAAACCCAGGAAGCACAACAACAAAUAGUACAAUAAACACAACGACUGAUAAAUCAGGAACAUCACCAACAGAUAAUACGAAAAGCACAACGACAUCAGAAACGUCACAAACAAAUAGUACAAGCACAACGACAUCAAAAACACCACAAACAGAUAGUACAAGCACAACGACACCAAAAACGCCACAAACAACUACAGACUCAAAUAACUAUUCAGAAGUAACCACCGCUUCUACGUUUCUCUUUAUAUUAGUUACAACAUUGACUGUUAUAAUAUUUCCCGAGUUUUUAAUUAUCUUAUAUAAUAAUAUUUAAUAAAAUAAGAAAUCACAUAUAAAAUAUAUUACUUUAUUAUAAUCCUAAAAUUUAAAAACUGAAUUUAUACUUUAUCAAUAACGAAAUAUUCACAUGUUUUCGAGAUGUAUCAAGAUACGAGAUGAAUCAUAUCCAGUUAAUAAAAACAAAUUCAGCUGUGAUUUAUAAAUUGACUUCAUCAGAUGACACAUGCAAGAGUACUAGCAAUAACGUAGAUACAGUUGAAGGUAUACGUUCGUUUAGAAGAGAACAAAACGAGUUUAUCUUGCGUUAACGCAAAAUUAAAUAGUUUCCAAAAUAUUUUUUAAACUAUAUAUAAUCAUUUUAUAUUAAGUCUUCUGACAAUUUCAAUAAUAAGUGUGGUCAAUUUGAUUAAAUUAGAAUUUUAUCAAAAAAUGAAUAACUUAAGUAAUAAACUUGACUAAUAUAUGAAUACCUAAUUUCAUAAAAAAGCAUUUAAAAAAAUAUUUCUGUCCUAAGGAACUAUUUAUAAUGGAUGCCUAAAGAGUUCGUUACUGUUAUCCUACGAAGAAACAUCGAAACUAAAAAUAUAAAAGAAUGGAACGCGAUGAAAAGAUUUGUUGCUAUUCUUGCAAGAAGAUUUACGACAGUAUGAGUAUAAACAUAAUCGAACAAUCAAAUUUAAAAGACUGUUACCACAAUUACAACGUCACACCGUCUUGGAUGAAAACACGAUUAUGUUUAUUUUGGAUGUUAUGGGCUACUCUUAUACUGGCUCUUAUAACUUCUAUUUUUAUGUAUUGCUAUGUCUCAUGGCAAACAUGUCCUAAUCCGAUCAAAAAUGUUCAAUAAAAUAUGACGAAUUUAUUAAAUUUAUUUGUUAAAGUAAUGCUUUUAUAAUUAUCUGAGUAAAGAAAGCUGUAAUCACGAAAAGUAAUGAUAACAAGAUUUACAAAUGAUUUAUAAAACACAAAUAUUAUAUAAAAAGAAAAAGAAAAAUAUAUUUUAAUAUCAUAUGCAUAUAUUACAUAGAUAAUAAUUUCCAAUUUAUUUUGUAUAUAUAACAAUCGAGAAAGAUUAUCUAUUAAUAAUAUAGCAUUUAAGUGAAACUUAAGAUAAAUACCCAAUAAACAAAUAUAUCAGCGUCCCCAGUCAAGGAUUUAUUAAUAGAAACCAAGAAAUCAAGAAUACAAAGUUCUUGCAGUGAUGGACUUUCACUGUUACAUUAUAAGCAUAGCAGGAAACAUGAUACUAUAAUAAUAACAACAAAGCUAAAUCCUUAAUAAGUGUGAUCGGAUUAAAUACAGGAACGGAUCACGCGUUAAUGUUAUAACAGCUAGAAAUAUCUAUAAAUAAAUACAGAAGUGUAUAAUAAAAUUGUUUUAAUUCAAAUUGAAAAAUACUAAAAUUUGUUUUGGCAGAUUUUCGGAAUGGCCCAUAUUUUUUUAACAACAUUGUAAGUGAAAAUUCAUAUCUUCAAAUAAAAAACAAAAUGUAG